CUCUGGGGCUGAGGCGCUCUCUGAGGGGGACAGACUUUUACUGACAGGGCAAGUGAGCAAGGGACAAAAGAGGGAGAAAGUGAGAGGACGGGAAAGAGAGGAGGAAAAAAUAGACAGGAAAAAAAGAAAGAGCAAGAGCUGACAGAAGAGAAGGAGAAGGGAGAAGAAGAGAGAGUAAAAUAAAGACUGAGAGUUGAGUCUCUCUCUCUUCUCCUCUAACUGAACAGAUUAAGUCAUGGCCGAGAACAACACAAAUCUCUUUCUGGAAAUACUUGAGUCGUUUGAUGCGGUCCCUCUCAUAAUAGCUUUCUGCGUGUCCAUGGGAGUGGGCCUGGUUUUGGGGGCCCUGGUUUACGUGCUGUUGACCUGGAUGUCCCGCCGCAGAGCAGGCUCUGCCAGCAUCACCCGCCGCCCCCCACGUCCAUCACGCACCAGCUCACGCAACCGUCCCGGCUUCAACCGCAACAGCAGCUACGACCGGCGCAGCAACAACAGCUUGGUCAGCGCCGCUUUCAGCUUCCACCGGCAGACGUCCUCCCCGGAUCACUUCGACCCCCUGGGGCACAAAUCCAGCUUCAGGGCCUCCACUUUCCACCCGCUGCUCCAGUGCAGCCAGAUCGCAAGGGAGGCCGAGGAGGGAAGUCAGACCACGCUGCCUCGGACCCCGACUCUGACCUCCACGUCUGAUCCGGGCGUGGAGGUCAGAGGUCACACUGCGGCCCAGGCAGCUGCUACCCCACCUAGACCUGAGUCGUUUUGGGGGGGCAAUGGUGUGAGGGGUUUGCAGGCUACGCAGACCCCCCCUCCAGCUUAUGAGAGCAUUAUCAGAGCUUAUCAGGAAACGCGCACCUGAGGAGGAGAGGGAGCACCAUGCACGCUGACAAUGAAUGAAUGGGUUGACAAAUGGAUUCAUGAAUGAAACUGGAAUCGAGCUGUAUUGAUUUAUGUGACCAGGUGGAGCUGGGCGGAGCGGACAUGGAAGUCAAAGUCAAAUCGAGUGUCCUGCCCGAGACAACAACAAUCUGCAGCAGCAAUCAGUUUCGGUUAGUUAAUAUAUAUUUCGACAAAAGCAUCAUUGAGUUUCAGCAUUCAAUACUGAUUGUUUUAAAUUUAAAAAUCAUUGUUUGACACUUCAUUGUAUGCUUGCACAGAAUCUUUGUUUAGUCUCGACCAGGAAAAUCUACAUAUGCAUAUUGUUGGUUGGGCAUUCAUGAUGCAAGGCAAGACUUGUGCUUCAAACCCUGCUGAUCACCGAAUAUAUGCAAGAGAGAGAUAAAGUGUGUGUGUGUGUGUGUGUGUG